AAAGGGAAUGGAGUCUGGAACUGGCUGGAAGGCUGUCCCACGUUAGGGACAGGGAGUGACCAGCAAUUCAGAGUAUCCAGAGCGCACAGCAAAUACCCAGCUUGAUUUUAUUCAGCGUCAUUCACAAGUCUUAUCCUGUGGAGGAUCUGAUUCCCCCAGUGGCUAAUUGUAAAACUUGCUGCUCCGUGACUGAUGUGGUGACACUCCUGAGCUUGGGACCCAUCCACUGGUGGGCUUUCCCGAGGUGAUCUGAUGUAGACGGGCUCAGCAGUCCAGCCUAGUGGUGAAAGGUCAUGGUUUCUCAAGCCAGACAUACAGGCUCUGCUUGUGAUCUUGGGUAAUCUCCUUUGUGCCUCAGCUUCCCUGUCUUUAAAUGGGGUUGUGGUGAGGAUGUAUGAGUGUUAUUGUCCAUAAAGUGCUUAACAUGGUGCCUGGCAUGGUAUCAAGCGCUCAGCAAUUGAUGACUACUAUUAUUAGCUAUUAGCCAGCAGCUACUGGGUCCAGGGAAACUUUCAGCUUUAAAACACUUGAAGUGCUGCCACCCUGGGACACACGGCUGAGCACCAUGAUUGAGCCUGAGAAAUCUCUGGGUACAGAACUAUUUUCCCAAAGAAAGGGGGGACACAAAAGAAGGGAGCCCAUUGAGGAAUCAGGGGACCACACUUACCAUCAGAUCUGAAAAUACUUUUUUCUGGCUUGAGACCACAACUUGCUUCAAAGAAAAGGACCAGAAUGGAAGAAAGGGGUCCCAGCCUCCUGGCACUUGCUCAUUGAUCAUCUGUCUAAAUUGAUUUCCCCUCCUUUUUUUCAUCUGCUGGGCAUGUAAAAUGCCUUCAGGUUUCAGCCAGGUAAUCAAAGAUGCUCUCACGUGGAGGGCUGGUUGGGUAAAUGGAUUAGGGCCUCUUGGGAGGCCCAUCUGUUCUGUCCCUAUGUGAAGGCCUUGGCACCAGUAUUUGGACGAAGCUGAUAUAAAGCAGCAUCUGUCCAAUGGGGCAGGGGUGAGUAGCCUGGGGUAGGUGGGUCAGUAGGAAACCAGGAAAUCCUCUUAUCCUGCCAGGUACCUGGGCUUCCCUCAGCAGCGGGAGCUGAGCAGCAAAGCCUGGUGAGUCAGCGUGCCUGGGAAUUAGAGUUGCCAGUCUGUGAGCAUGUGGGAUCUGUGUAAGUUUGGGCCUUUUGUUUCUUUCAGCAUUUUAGUCUUUAGAAACACAAAUCUGGAAACCAGACCCUCCACAUGGUAUAGUCCUGCUUGUUUUGAGAUAAUUCAACUUGAACAGUUGCUUCCCUUGUAUGCUGGUCUUCUAAGAAUUAACCCCUUACCUUUUAAAAUUGUAACAAGUUGUGCUCAUGGCUUACUAGCUAUAUUCUAAAAGCAUAAAAAGGCUUUAAAAAACUUACUUGGGUCUGUCAUUUUCCACACCAAAACCCUUCUAAGGGUUUCAGCGUGUUUUUGAAACCUAAGUGAAACUGCGAGUCUUUUUUUAAGGGCGUGUAUAAUCAUGUCUGUCAUGUAUUCUCUUUGAAGGUGGACAAUGGGACACACCCCGAUACAAUGUGAUUCCGGUAACUACAGGAAUGAUUCUGGUCGUCAUUUUAAACUUGUACACUCAGAACAUACCCUUAGAAUUCCUUUUGAAGAUAACUCUGAAUUUAUGCAAGCACUAUUUGGAGGAAGCUAAAGUUCUUUAGGUCGGCUGGCUCCUCUGGCUGAUGGCAUGUUGAGGCACGUGGGCCAGUGGCAACAAGGGCAUCCAAUCCAGAGGGGGCCACUCUAGAGGCCAGGCCACCAGCAUCAUGGGCCAGUGUGUCACCAAGUGCAAGAAUCCCUCAUCAACUCUGGGUAGCAAGAAUGGAGACCGUGACCCCAGCAGCAAGUCACACGGGAGGCGGGGUGCAGGCCACCGUGAGGAACAGCUGCCAGCCUGUGGCAAGCCAGGCGGGGAUAUCCUUGUCAAUGGGACCAAGAAGGCAGAGGCUGCUACUGAGACCUGCCAGCUGCCAACAUCCUCAGGAGAUGCUGGGAGGGAGCCCAAGUCAAAUGCCGAGGAGUCUUCCUUGCAGAGGUUGGAAGAACUGUUCAGGCGCUAUAAGGACGAGCGGGAGGAUGCAAUUUUGGAGGAAGGCAUGGAGCGCUUUUGCAAUGACCUAUGUGUGGACCCCACGGAAUUUCGAGUGCUGCUCUUGGCUUGGAAGUUCCAGGCUGCUACCAUGUGCAAAUUCACCAGGAAGGAGUUUUUUGAUGGCUGCCAAGCAAUAAGUGCAGACAGCAUUGAUGGGAUCUGUGCACGGUUCCCUAGCCUCUUAACAGAAGCCAAACAAGAGGAUAAAUUCAAGGAUCUCUACCGGUUUACAUUUCAGUUCGGCCUGGACUCUGAAGAAGGGCAGCGGUCACUGCAUCGGGAAAUAGCCAUUGCCCUGUGGAAACUAGUCUUUACCCAGAACAAUCCUCCAGUAUUGGACCAGUGGCUAAACUUCCUAACAGAGAACCCCUCGGGGAUCAAGGGCAUCUCCAGGGACACUUGGAACAUGUUCCUUAACUUCACUCAGGUGAUUGGCCCUGACCUCAGCAACUACAGUGAAGAUGAGGCCUGGCCAAGUCUCUUUGAUACCUUUGUGGAGUGGGAAAUGGAGCGAAGGAAAAGAGAAGGGGAAGGGAGAGGUGCACUCAGCUCAGGGCCCGAGGGCUUAUGUCCCGAGGAGCAGACUUAGUGACUCUGUCUCAGGAGCAGCAGCAAGGAUCUGCCCGCUGCCCUGCAGCCAACCAAGGAAUUGAACCUUUCUGGAAAUUACUGAAGAUCCGGAUAUUUUCUACUUUACACCUUUCUCUGCCUUGUAUCUGAAAGGGCUCUAAAAUGCUGUAUCAUGUUUUAGGCACUUUCUUCACUUUUUGGGUAUUUUGGUUAUUUCUUUUUUGGGGGGAGGGUCCCCCAAAAUAUCUGAACCUGGCUACAUGUUGUGUAUCUUUUUUUUUUUUUUUUUUUUUAAGC